GUUGGAAGAACCAGACGCUAAUAUGAUGUACAAAAUUUUGUAUUUUAUGAUCUGCCGAAAACUGUACAUCCACAUGAUCAUGUACUUCACUCGUUCUCUUCUCUUUUUUUUUUAAUGGAUUAAUGCCACAUUUGGUCACUGGAAUUAUUAAAUCGUAUUAUGUUUAGUCACUAGAAAAAAUUAAUAUCAAUUUUGAUCACUCGAGUUACCAAAACAGACCACAUUUAGUCACUCUCCCGUUAGCCUCCGUCGAACUAUUCCACACAUAUGUUCUUUACCAUAUGACACAAUCAAACCCUAAAGUCUAAAACCAUUCUGACAUAAGCUUGGUUUUGCUUUAACGAACAAAUUAAGCAUUUGCCAGCCAACUUUGCAAUCAACCCCUAAAACUCCCUAAAACUCUCUCCAUCCCCCAAAAUUACGGACCAAGCUCUCAAAGUUAAGUUCAAGCUAGUUCCUUGCAAGGCAUCUCAAACCCCUAAUAACGUCACCCACAUUUCCAUCCCUUUCCCUAUACUCCAAAGUUCCAAACUCUGCCGUUAUAAACCCACCCCAGAAGAAGUCAGCAGGAACAGAGAAAUGGAGAUCAAGGUAGAAGAGAAAGAGCCAAUUACCUCCAAUGACGGCAACAGCAGCUCCUCCGACUCCGAUUCAGAACACCAUCCCCUCCUCGAAACUCGAGAGCUCUGCAACGAGGGAACCAAGAAUCUGGUGCAGAGAGCCCUGCAACGAGGGAAUCAAGAAUCUGGUGCAGAGAGCCAUCACACAGACGUUCCAGAGCACUGCUCACUUAGCCAACCUCCUCCCAACGGGGACGGUCCUCGCGUUCCAGCUGCUCUCCCCCAUAUUCUCCAACCAAGGGAGCUGUGAUCCAGACACAAGGUCCAUGACAGCAGGGCUCGUGGGGCUCUGCAGGUUGUCGUGCAUUUUGUCGAGCUUCACGGAUAGCUUCAGGGAAAAGGAUGGGAAUGUCUGCUACGGGUUGGCCACGGUGAACGGUUUGUGGGUUAUCGAUGGAUCGUCGAGCCUUCCUCCUGAAGCUGAAGCGAGGUAUAGGCUCAAGGGCAUGGAUUUCGUGCACGGGGUGUUGUCGUUGCUCGUGUUCGCUACGAUUGCUCUGUUCGAUGAGAAUGUGGUGAGCUGCUUUUACCAGGAGCCGUCGAAGGAGUGCUGGGAGGUGCUCACUGCUCUCCCCGUUGGGUUUGGGGCGGUCUGCAGUAUUUCUGUUUGUUGUGUUUCCGACUGAGCGCCAUGGAAUUGGGUUCCCUAUCUCCACCAACUGAGAAAAUGUGGUUGGGUUCCCUACCUCCGCCAUUGCAUAACCUGUGAAAACAUGAGAAGCUCUGUUCUUUAAAUUCAAUUCAUGUAUGUAUCAAUGAAUCAUCUACAGUUUAUUAAUUCACGAGAAGAAAGAAAGCAAGUUCCAAGCUUUCUCCAUUUCGAGUUAACUACAGUCUUGAAGUAACAGUAGCAUGCUUGGAGAAACCAUUCCAUGCAAAAGAGACGACACAAAAAUUGAUGUGUAAUAGAGAACUCGUUAUUUUCUAACAGACUCGCCUAACUUCUAGACUAGCCAGCACUUGUAAUAAGAAUACACAUUACUAACAUCU